AUGGUAGGCCGCACAUUGUUAUCCGUCGCUAUUAUUGGAGGUGGCCCUGGUGGGCUGGGUACCGCCAUUGCGCUAUCUCAGCUACCAUUCCUCCAUGUGACUCUCUAUGAGAAAAACCCAGAGCCCCGAGAAGCCGGCGCCGGAAUAAGUCUAAGCACGAAUGCCUGGAAAGUGUUGGACUUGUUGGGAGCAAGUGAUGGAGUUAAGGGUGGUUCGAAGUCAGAUACGCAUCAAAGGAAUGGCUAUACUGGAAAGACUCUCAGCAUCACCAAGCACCCGGAGAAUUCUGCUGCAGAUACCCGUGGGGCGAUUCGGGCUCGAAGAACUCGGCUUCAAUCAGCACUUUUGGCUAAAGUGCCCGAUAACCUUAUCCAAUUUAACAAAAAGCUGGUAACUCUGGAGAACGUGCCUGAUGGGGGCGUUCGUCUAGUCUUUGACGAUUCAACGGAAGUCCAUGCAGAUCUGGUCAUUGGUGCUGAUGGAAUACACUCUAUUGUUCGACGAGUCCUUUUUCCCGACCAUAAGCUUCGAUUCACAGGUAAUACUGCGUUUCGAGUCAUUGUCCCCAAGUCUCGUUUGGCUCAUCUCCCCGACAUCACCUCCACAACGGCUUGGUGGUGGGGUGAGGCCGGCCAUGUGUACUUCUCUGAUGUGGAUGAUGAAAGGGAAACGGAUGAUCCACUUUUUGAAAUUACCGUGAGGUCAUACAAGGAGCCUGAUGUUCCAGGAAAGACUGUUAUCUGGGGUAUCCCAGCCAGUAAUGAGAAGGUGGCAUCACGCGUUUCGACCUUUGAUAAGCGAGUUCAGGAUGCAGUGAGUGUAGUACAGGAAGGUGAAUGGGGUGAAUUCGCUACAUUUGCUGGUCCUCGGUUGAGCGAGAUAACCGGCUGGGAUAAAGUUGCCUUGAUUGGGGAUGCCAGUCAUCCACUUUCAGGUGCCUUCGGCUCUGGAGCCACAUUCGCAAUGGAAGAUGGCUGGAUACUUGCAAGAGCGCUUGAGUAUUCUCAAUUUACUUCACGUCCAGUCCACGAUGCUCUUAAAAUAUUCAACACUAUACGAUCACCAUAUUAUGCUAGAAUGUACGAGCACCUGGACGAGGUGGGUGCAAAGAUGCAGCAGUUCAAAUCAGAGAGCACGAACUUCGAUGAUUUCUUGCAAGCUAAAAUCAACAACUUCCUCUACGGGGAUAAGGACUUUAUUUACAAAAACGAUAUUGGUAAAGUCUGGGAGGAUUAUCUUACAAGGAUAAAGUGA